AGCGAGACAUGAAUUGGAGUGAGAUCCGGAGAAGACAAGAAAAUGGCGACUUCAGGAAAUUUCAGGGGAAUUGUUACUUCCAAUCAGCCAAAUCCACUACGAAGUUGUCAUCCAACUUCGAAGGUAGGGUUCAACACUUCUCUCACUGGAAAAUCAGGCACACUUAAGAUCGUUUCCCAACCACCACAGUCAUUUCGGAUCACGGGAGAAAACAAGGUUUCCCCAGAACCCAUAAUUCCGCAAGCAGAAAAUUUUCUUCUCAGAGCCAUUAACAUGAGCUUCUCAGAGCGUUUAAACUUGGCGUGGAAGGUUUUAUUCCCGCCGCUACAACCAGCAAGAAGAAAGAACUCCAACGCAUACAUUGCCAAGCAGCGUUUGAAGAUGGUACUUUUUUCAGAUCAAUGUGAAGUAAGCGAUAAAGCAAAGGAGAAGAUCAUCAGCAAAAUUAUCUGCGUUUUAUCUGAUUUUGUGAUUAUAGAUUCACAAGAUAAAGUUCAGCUUAGUGUUUCAACAGAUCCUGAUCUUGGAACUUUUUACUCGGUUACCGUGCCUGUUCGAAGAGUCAAACCUGAAUAUCAGUUCAAGGAUGAGCAUGGAUCCAUAACAAACAUCGAGUACAAAGAUACUGGUGAAACCUCUGGCUCUGUUGAUGUCAAGUUCAAUUUCUUCGUUCCUGAUGAGUAAACAUAUUAAAAAAGUACUCACCUUCCCUGGUAAUUGCCAACAUCGUUCAGAGCUUGGUGAGGCAGUGACGGAAGCCAUAACCAAUUGGGAUAGAAUGUUCAUAAUCUUGGGAUAGCUCCAAAGUUAGGUCAGAAACUCCAUUGGAAGUGGGACUUCUUUGGACGCUGUUUCCAGGAUGAAUCUAUUGCGUUCAGCGUUGGUUUUGAUUGUUUCUCUGGAAGGCAUGAUCUCAAUUCAGGGAUUCACAGAACAGUUGGAAAUCACGAUGAUGUAGCAAAUUUGUGUUGAACAUUCUGAGGAAACUUAUCAAGCGAUUACUGGAGGUUUGAACAAAAGAAUAAAUCAUGGGAUAUGUGCCCCGAAAAAUCUAUGGUAUACUCAGGUCUUGUUGGUGCAGAGGUAGAGUCCAUAUCUUUACGCAGAAAUCAUUUGGCUGUUGGAAUAGGAACAUCAGUAAAUAUAUAUGACUUGCGGGACUCAAAUGAACCACUAGAAAUAUAAUCUUCCUUGGAGUAUCCAGUCAGUUGUGUGGGUUAAUAAUAUCCCUUCUAAAGGAUAUGCAGUUGAAUCAGUCGAUGGACAAGUUGCUGUGAUGUGUCUUGAUUCCAAUGCAAAUUAAAUGAGGUUCAUAUGUUUGCUUUAGAUGUUUAUGGUAAUAUGAAUGCUUAUUACAGCUGUAUGUUUCGAUGUCAACCAAAAACAAGGGAUGGGAAACACCUCUUGUUGCUGAGAAUGAUAUCGUGUUUGAUCCAAGCCAUUAUGGCACCUCUGUCACCGGUGAUAAUGAGGGAUAUGCUAUUAUUUGGGCGCUCGAAGUAGGAAGAGACUGUUAUAGAGAAGAGUCUCCACAAAUACUUAUACAUGAAACGAACAAGAAAGUCAUGGCCCCAUAUGGGUUGAAUGGCUGGUGGAACUUCAAGCCCGAAGUAAACAACGUAUAGGUGUCACAUAAAGCUUGCUGCCCAGGUCUGCAUUUUUGUAACUGGUAGUAUUUAAUGUUUGAUUGCAGAUAUGAUUUCUUUUUUAAGAUAGUGUUGUAUCUCAGUACAUUUAAGUUUGAUAGAACUUGUAUAUGCCAACAUUACAUCGCUCCUAAUCUGGGCCUGGAAGUACUGUAAUUGAAACCAUGUG